AUGAGAGAUGGUUAUGAUGAACUUGUUGUAUCAGCUACUGGAUUAUGCCAUAAAUGGGGUAUAUCUAUAACAAAACCUACAACCCGUAAAAUAUAUUCAAAACAAUACUGUGGAGAAAUUCAAGGAGAUAAACGAUUAGAUGUGCCUGAAGAAAAAUUUCGUAUAGCAAUUUUUUAUCCUCUCAUUGAUACAGCUUUAUUUCAGUUACGUGAUCGAUUUAAAAGACUUCAUUCCGUUUCAAGAAAUUUUGAAUUUUUACUUCCACAAAAUAUAGUUACUAUGAAAGAGUCAGAAAUAGUUAAAUCUUGUUAUGAUUUCAUAUCAUUUUACAAUAACGAUGUGACAUCAGAUUUAAUAAGACAACUAAUUUCAUUAAAAGAAUUUAUUAAAAAUACAAAAAUUCAAACUAUUCAAGAAUUGACAUCUUUUAUAAUUGAAUAUGAUCUUUCAUCUCUUUACAGUGAAAUUCUCACAGCUUGUAUUAUAUAUUUAAGUCUCCCAGUUACUGUAGCUACGGCCGAAAGGUCAUUUUCCAAAUUAAAACUCCUAAAAAAUUAUCUUCGGAAUUCUAUUUCGCAAGAUAGAUUAACUGGCAUAAGUAUACUUAACAUAGAAAAAUCAAGGACAAAAGAACUAGAUAUUGAAAAAUUGAUAAAUGACUUUGCUAAUUUGAAGUCAAGAAAAAAAAACUUUUUAAAGUAA